UGGAAGGAAAAAUUUGUUUUCAUCGAGUUUCCCCCCUUCUUCACUCCUCUGGCCGGUCUGAAGUGGAAUGACCAUCUACUCGACCAAGAGUAUGCUGCCCCGGCCUCCUCCCCAGACUUGGAAGAUAACCUCGAGAUCCUCAUGCGCGGGGAUCCUCAAACCGGGAGGAUCUUCCACCAAGGCAGCUGGGUUUGGAGGGUAGAGUCGGGUGGUGAGGGUACCUCCCAGGCCCAGGAAGCAGCGGGGCACGGGGUACCCUCCCCGGGCAACACUGCAGAGGCUGAGGGCCAGAACCACCCAGAUAUGGAGUUUGAGGAGUUCGCCAUCCCUGACGACCAACCAGCCGGGGAGACCGGGGGCUCCCAAGCCAAUCCUGCCAGGACUUUCCCGGUCAAUCCAGAGACCGUGGAAAUCCUGGAUGAAGACGAGCCCCAAGACAACCGGUCUAAGGGGAAGGAGAAGGAAAAGGUCGGUCGCCGGGUGAAGAAGGUGGCCACCACGCACCCUUCCUAUGCCAAGAAGAGGGCAAGGUCAGAUCCUGAGCCGGCCGGCCAAACCAUCGAGGAGGCCUUCAUCAAUCUGGGGCUGAGGCUGAAGGAGACCGAGAUCUCCCAACUGAAGGAGGAGAAUGGCCGGCUUCUGGACGAAGUCUCUGAAGCCAAGAGGGAAGUAGCGGAGAAGGAAGAAACCUUCCCCGGGCGCGCAGCUGCCUGGGUGGAAGAGAAUAAGGCUGAAGCUGCCCGGGUGAUGACGGCUAGCCCAGAAGCGACCAUGGAAUCCUUCAGGCUUUUGUACCGGGAGCCUGAAGGAAAGAAGAUGAUUACCGCUAUUGGGUCCUUCGGAUUCAAGAGUGGUCAGAAGAAGGACCGGGUUGCCUGCCACCGGAUUUUGAAGAAAAGAGACCCAGAGUUCUCCGCAGCUUCUUACGGCCUGGCAUCCAUCCCGGAGGAAGAGCCUACUCCCCUUUUCCCCCUAGAUUAAGAACUCCCCGGCCUUGACCGACUGCUUUGUAAACUUAAAACUUCCAUUUCCCCGGGAAUGCCCGGUGUAGCUGUAAACACUAAACAUUUUCAUUUUAAUUGAAUGCCAUGUUUAAUUUCCAUACCGGUGGAUCUGGCAUAUCUGCUUGCUCGUUGAUUUAUACUUUGCAUAUCAUAGAAAUUCUGACCGGUACAUAAAUUAGGCCACUUCUC